AUGGCAUCAAAGCGCAAUAAAGUAAAGUGGAAACUCACAAAUGAUACUGCUAGUAUAAACCACAUGGGCAUAGAGCUAAAAGCAAAAAACAGACGCAAUGUAAUGCGCACGAUGAGGAACAAUUACAGAGCCAAAAGGAGUGCGGACCAAGGCAGGGCAAUGGAGUGCGCCGCAGCCCACCCCGCCGCGACAAACUUCCUAAGAAACGGCGACUACACCAGGUUUGCGGACUGGAGGUUUAUACAUCGAGCUAGACCGAACCUAGUCCCGCUGAAUGGAUCGGCAGCCUGGAGAACCGGAGAUCGACGGUGCCGACGAUGUGACUACAAUACAGAAAGCCUUGCUCACGUCGUCGACCACUGUAUGCGAUACUCUGGUCUGUACCUCACUCGCCACAAUGCCGUAGUGGAGCGCAUAAAAACCGCAGCAAGUACAAAAUUUGAAAUACUAUUCGAAAACCAGAUGCUGGCUGCAUUUGACUCUGCCGCCAGGGAAAGAUUGGAGAGGUACCACGACCUGAGUAGUGAGUUGGCCACCACAUAUGGGGUGGAAGCCACAGUUAUACCCUUUGUUGUUGGUGCCCUAGGCGGCUGGUACUCCAAGAACGAUGAAUUCCUACACCAUUUAUGCAGCCCGAAGUACGCGGUAAUGAUGAGGAAGUUGUGCGUUAGUGAGGUGAUUGGAUUCUCGAGGGACAUCUACAUUCAACACCUCACGAACAUCCCUCAGAGGUCUCCAACCAACAGAAUUACAACAACAUAA